GAGAUGUAGCAUAGCGCACCAUUUCGUUCAGUACACUGUUGAGUGUUGUCGUUUGUGGCAGGUCGCUUGAUAUUCACGUCUAUAGAAAUCUCGAAACCUUUCUUCAGUUCGCAUAAAAACCGUUUCGGAAUACAACAAAUCAGAAAACGAACCGAAAAUUUCUAAUUCACUAUCAAUAAUAGAUUUAUUUUUUUAUUUCAAUUAAGUUUAUUUCUCGAAAUUCGUUUUCUUUUUCUCUUCUGCAAAAAAAAAUUUAAAUUGUAAAUAUGUGAUUGUGAAGAGAAUCCGGCUGGAGAAAAAUGUUGCAAAUGCAUCAGAACAUGAAUCUUCGAAAACCGACAUAUCGUACAAUAUGAAAAGAAUUAUUGACAUAAAUUGAAAUAUUUAAAAUGAAUCAAUACAAAUAAAAUGUUCAGCACAUCGUGCAAUAAUGUAAAUUAAAUAUAUAUAAUUUCAAUGUGAAAAGAUGGCAACGAUGAAUCGAUAGUUAAAUAAAAUUAAAAAAAAAAAAUAAACAAAAAACGAAGCUUCCGAUGAAAGUCAACAAUGUUUGUGAAAAUAAAAAACUUGUGAGUUGUGAACAGUGGCCAAAUAACAAACGGAAAAACCACGGGCAAUGCAAACACACUGAAACUCGUUCGAAAAAGGAAUCAUUCAUAAAAAAACAUUAUUUUUUCGUGUGAACAAGCCAAAACGACAUGAAUAUAGUUAAUUUUUAUAAUUUUGUUACCGCACAAAUGUUUUCGAACAACAAUACUAAGUAACUUAACUUAAUCUAACGACAUUGAACAUUCAAAAAUUACCAUUUAAAAUCGGUUUCGCUCCGUUACAAUUCAUUUUUUUUUACUAUGUAACUCGUGUGAAUAUUCAAAACACCGAAUUUUUCUAUUGCAUCGCUAAUCUAGAUAUAUUCAUACUUAUAAAAUAAGUAAUUAUAUGAUAAUACAUCGAUAAUUUCUGUGAAAAGUGAAAUACUAUAAUAGUUUUUCGUUUAAAUUUUAAACUCGUAAUUCGAUUGAUGAUCAUAUUUGGAUGAUUGACGAACUACAUCGGUACUUCGAAUUCAACGCAUUUUUCAGAUAAUCGAUUUAGAAACGAACUUACGCGACGUUGUGUAUAAUCCAUGCAAAGAUACGAAUCAUACUUUCUUUAAGCCUAACAUACACACAGAAUGGGUAUUGGAAAGAAUGACCAAGUUUUAAAGACUGUUCUUAUAAUUUUCGCAUUUCAAGGUAUAUUCACGUUAGAUCAACAAGGGCCAAUAUUUUCACAUGAGCCACCACAUAAAGUGGAAUUUUCAAACAGCACAGGUGGUCAUAUUGAAUGCUCCGGUCACGGGUCGCCGCAACCAGAGGUAGAAUGGUCACCAGUUCCACCGCAUCAGGACAUGGUCUAUUCGUUACCAAAUGGGAGUCUCAUCUUUUAUCCAUUCUCAGCUGAAAAAUAUCGUCAUGAAAUACAUUCCACCAUUUACAGAUGUAAAAUACGGAAUCUGGUCGGUACGAUCUUAAGUAGAGAAGUUCUCGUUCGGGGUGUUGUAAAUCAGAAAUACAAAGUGCAGGUACACGAUGAGUAUGUUAUGUCUGGAAAUACCGCAGUAUUGAAAUGUCAGGUUCCCAGCUACAUGAACGAAUUCGUAAUGGUGACCGCAUGGGUACAGGACAAUGGCAUGCAUUUGUAUCCAAAUACAGACAUUGGUGGAAAAUACAAUGUACUUCCGAAUGGUGAACUCUAUAUAAACAAUGCAAGUCCAUCAGAUGCUUUCAAGACCUAUACUUGUCGAACAAUCAAUCGAUUAACUGGCGAUAUACAAACGUCUACAUAUCCAGGCCGAAUUAUCGUUACUGAACCGAAAGGUUUUGUACAGCCUCGAAUAAAUGUUGAAAAACAUUCACUACGUCAUGUUGUGCUCAAUGGACAAACAACGUUGCCAUGCAUCGCUCAAGGUCAUCCAGUGCCAACUUAUCGGUGGUUCAAAGAAGAAAAUGAGCAACUAAUACCAGUUCAGCUUAGUGAAAGGAUAUCAAUGGUAUCAGCAGGAUUAUUGAAAAUAGCCAAGGCGAGACUGGAUGAUAGUGGUAAAUUCAUCUGCUGGGUAAACAACACUGCUGGCGAAGAAACAAUAACAACGCUCUUAACAGUAACUGCUCCAUUAACGGCUCACUUGCAACCACAAGUGCAGACUGUUGAUGUGGAUAAAGAUGCUGAAUUUCAUUGUAUCGUAUCCGGUAGUCCAGUGUAUGAAAUAAACUUUCUUCACGAUGGCAAACCCAUUAUACGUGAUAAUAGAGUUGAAAUUUUUAGCGAUCCACCCCGUUUAGUCAUCCGUAAGGUACAAAAAGAAGAUCAAGGCAUGUAUCAGUGCUUUGUGACUAAUGAAUGGGAACAAAUUCAAUCGACAGCCGAACUACAGCUGGGCGAUGCAUCACCGGAACUACUAUAUUGGUUUUCUGAACAAACUCUGCAACCAGGUCCGACUGUUUCACUUAAAUGUGUUGCAACAGCGAAUCCACCGCCACAAUUCACAUGGACCUUGGAUGGUUUUCCGAUUCCGGAUAGCCCAAGGUUUCUAGUUGGACAAUAUGUUAAAACAGACGAUGAUGUAAUCAGCCAUGUAAACAUAACGAAUGUUAAAGAGGAAGACGGUGGAGUAUACACUUGCUCUGCUCAAAAUACCAUCGGAAAAGUGUCUCACAGUGCCAAAGUAAAUAUUUAUGGUCUUCCAUUCAUACGUGAAAUGCCGAAAAUAACGGGCAUAUCAGGAACUGAUUUAGUCGUAAAAUGCCCUGUGGCAGGUUAUCCAAUAGAUAAAAUCCACUGGGAACGAGAUGGACAAACUUUGCCCAUAAACCGCAGGCAGAAGGCUUACAACAAUGGCACACUUGUGAUUGAACAAUUACAACGUACCGAAGAUGCUGGUACAUACACAUGUGAAGCACAAAAUAAACUCAAACAAACAUCCCGGAGAAAUGUUGAAAUUCAAGUUUUGAUGCCACCAAAAAUAAUGCCAAUUCAGUCGAUGACAAAUAUGUUAAAAGAGGGUAUGAGAGCUGCGAUUUCGUGUCAAAUUUUAGAAGGUGACCUUCCCGUUACAUUCAAGUGGGAACGAAAUGGAAAAGCUUUACUUGGAACUGGUGAUGAAGUAAUACGUCGCAUCGAUGAAUAUUCCGUAUCGUUGUUGAUUGAACACAUUUCGUCCGAACAUUCUGGGAAUUACACAUGUAUAGCAUCAAAUAUUGCUGGAUCCGAGCGUUUCACCGCUUCGGUGACUGUGAAUGUUCCACCAAAAUGGAUAUUACAGCCCAAAGAUUCAAGCGUACAAGCUGGCGAAGACAUUUCAUUGCAUUGCCAAGCAGAUGGUUGGCCCCAUCCGACCGUCACAUGGAGAAAAGCGAUUGGAUCGACACCAGGUGAAUACAAGGAAUUUUUAUACGAACCAAAUGUGUCGUUGUUCAGUAAUGGAUCGCUGAACUUCAGAAAAAUUACGAAGGAAGCACAAGGACACUUUUUAUGCGAGGCAAAAAACAACAUUGGUGCCGGUGUUAGCAAAGUUAUUUUUCUCAAAGUUAAUGUGCCGGCUCAUUUCACAACAAAAAAUAAGCAAAUAUCCGUUGCGAAAGGAAAACAAGUUCAUGUUCAGUGUAAUGUAUUGGGAGACACUCCGAUUACCAUCAAAUGGAAAAUUCAAAACACUCAACAGCACUUAGAUUCAUCUACCGACACAAGAUAUACGAUACGCGAACAGGUAUUAGACGAUGGAAUGGUAUCCGAGCUAGGAAUUUCGCAUACAUUCCGUCAUGAUACGAAUGUUUAUAUUUGCCUUGCAAGCAAUUCAUUUGGCCAGGAUGAAAUGUCUAUGCAUUUGAUUGUACAAGAGGUGCCCGAACAACCAAAAAGCUUAAACAUAAACUCAAAACAGUCGCGUAACAUACAAUUGACAUGGACACAACCAUUUUCAGGGAAUAGCCCCAUCGAAGAGUAUAAUAUUCAAUACAAAUCUGCUGCGGAUACUUGGCCAUCUGCGGAAAAAAUCACAGUACCGGGCACACAAACUCUCAUUAAUAUUGAUAAUUUGCAUCCGGCAACGGCAUACCAUUUACGAAUUGCCGCCGAAAAUAAGCUUGGAUCAUCGGAAUUUUCGGAAGUGGUACAAGUGACAACAUUGGAAGAGGUUCCAUCCGGACCGCCGCUCAAUGUACGUGGCGAAGCAAAGAGUUCAACCGAGAUUCUUCUAUCUUGGGAACCGCCAAAUAAAAGUGACUGGAAUGGAAAUCUUCUGGGCUACUAUGUUGGCUACCAAUCUGCUUCUGAUUUGAUUGGUACAACGCUAGGAUUUAAUUUGAAAACGGUCGAAAUUCGAGCCCAUUUCGGUUUGGAAACAUUACUGGAAAAUUUAAAUAAGUUUACGCAAUACAACAUUUUUGUGCAAGCAUAUACAAGCCAAGGCAGUGGACCGCCCAGCAAAGAGAUCCAAGUGACAACUUUGGAAGACGUACCAUCAAGUUCUCCAGAGAGUCCGAAGUGUAAUGUUCUGAGUUCGACGUCGAUCUAUAUAACGUGGUCGCCGCCAGCCGUUGAUAGCCAAAAUGGUAAAGUGCGUGGUUAUAAAGUGUUCUAUAUUGCGACCGAUGAUAUUUACGAUAAAGAAAUGCACGUCGUAAAAUCGAAUAAUCAAUAUUUGACGGUUGAAAACUUAAAAAAGUACACAAACUACAGUGUGUGGGUGUUGGCAUACACAAAGGUUGGUGACGGUGUGAAAACUAAGCAGCUAUUUUGUCGAACUUAUGAAGAUGUACCAUCUGCUCCACAAGAUAUAAAAGCCAUACCAGCAUCAAAUACUAAAGUCAUCGUAUCAUGGUUGCCACCAUUGAAUAUGAAUGGCGAAAUUAUCGGAUACACAUUUUAUAUGCUAUCUUCUGAAGGUAGUAACCAUGAAGGUAUUCAUAAAAAAGUUUUGGGGCCAAAUAUCGAAGUCCAUGAAGCGCAUAGACAAGAAGGAGUAACUUAUGACUUUUGGUUAACUGCUUCAACAAAAAUUGGCGAAGGUGAAAAAACGAGAAUGGUUAAAGUGCCGCCCAAUAAUAAAAUUCCAGCUCGAAUAAUAUCAUUUAGUCGUAGCAUCGAAAGUCCAUGGAAAGAAAAUCUUGUGUUGCCGUGCCGAAAGGUCGGUGUACCAUCUCCGGUGACAAUUUGGCGACAAGAAGGCCAAGCAAUGGAGACAAAUGCACGAAAAACAAUUGCCAAAAAUGGUACAUUGUUAAUACGGGAUUGUAUGAGCACCGAUGAGGGCAAUUAUACAUGUACAGUUGAAAAUACAUGGGGCAAAGAUGAAAUUGUCUAUAGCAUAACCAUUAAAGUACCACCUGAUCCGCCUGUCAUUUCACCAAUCCAGUCAUUUUCGGAGAGUUUAAAACUUGAAUGGGUUGACAAUAAAAAUGGUGGCAGUCCCAUUCUCGGCUAUGUUAUUAAUUUUAAACGUGAAAAUGGCGAUUGGGAAGAGUUACAAAUUGACUCGAAGACCAAUCAUCAUUUAUUAGGUAAUUUAUGGUGUGGUACAAAAUAUCAAUUAUAUGUAACUGCUUAUAAUAAAAUUGGUACCGGUUUGCCAUGUGAUAUUGUCUUCACACACACCACUGGUAGCCCACCGAUUCAGCCAAAACAUUCACAAACAAUUACGCAGAAUGCAACAAGCGUCACAUGUUGGCUCGAUUCGUGGGGCGACGGUGGAUGUGGUAUAUCACAUUUUGCGGUCGAAUGUAAACUUCAUUCACGAUCACAAUGGAAUAUGAUCGCUAAUCAUAUCGCACCAACCGAACGUAUUUACACCGUUACUGAUCUCCAUCCAAAUACCAAAUAUCAAAUUCGAAUAACCGCUUACAAUAAUGCUGGAUCGGCAAGCGCAAUCUAUAAUUUAACCACAUCCACAUUACAAGGAAUUCAUUUCAAUGCAGAUCAUCCAAAUAAUAUUUCUCAUAUGGGAGAUGGUCAAUUUUUUGGCAACUACAAAGUUUUUAUUCCGAUUUGCUUAUCAUUAUUUGUGAUAACUGGUUUCAUUGGCAUCGUUUUUAUAAUGCGUCGACGAAAAUUAAUUAAUCAAAGUCGAUUGACAUCCUCAUCCAUGUCAGAUUCACCAUCGACAACCAAUUUACAAAAUAAACAAAAUCGCGAUCAACAAUACCAUGCGGUACGAUGUCAAAGCAACCGAAACAGCAACUCAAAUGAUUCAGGAAGCUACAAAGCAGAAGGCAAUGAAUACAUUGAAGAUAUAUGUCCGUACGCCACAUUCCAAUUAAAUAAUAAGCAAACAUACAGUGAGAGUUCAUAUAGUGGAAAUGUUUACAGUGGACCCUAUCAUUCGGUGCGCGGUUCAUUUGUUUAUCAUGACGCAAAGCCCGAUGGACAUUCCAAAGAACCGGAAUAUACAAAAGUAAGGCGAAAAGGUCAUAGUCUACGUGAUCCACAUUCAGAAAGUCAAGAAUCGGACAAUCCAGGUUCAACAGAUUCAGAAGUGAGGAAAAUCUUAACACUUCACAUACCUAUUACAGAAUACGAUACAUUGGGUUCUGAGUCAGAUAAUGAUGUUGCAUCUAGGACUGUGAAUCAAUCGAAAUAUAGACAACGAGAUCAACAACAAGAAACCACAUCGUCAUCUUCCGAAACAUCGCCGGGUAGCAUGUCCAGAGAUUCCAGAAAAACCAAAUCGGCAUAUUUGCCAAGAAAACCGGGAAAAUCAGUGCAAAACCCGACAAAACGGCAUGUAAGAAGCUCUAGCGGUUAUUCUAGUCACAACGAAGAAACAACGUUUAGCAUAUCGAAUUAUCCAAACUAUGAAUCACAUAUGCCACCGCCAGCUCGUUUUCUCGAUACUGGUGAGAAAAAAUCAACGGGCAGUUCACCACGAAUUCGAGCCAAUCCCAAGCUACAUCGCGAAACAUUCCAAAUCAACGUGUGAAAUUCCAAAUUCAAUAUCGUAUUGACAGAUUAUUAUGCAUUUUUUUUGGUUCUGGUUUCCAUUUAAUUUACAGAGCAUGAGUUUAUAUACACAUUUUAACGAAAAAUUUACUUGUAAAUUAAUGAACGUUACUGUUUAUGUGUAAGAUAUUUAUGCACAUGCUCUGGUCAACUUAUAAUUUGGUAACAAUAACAUUCAAUGAACUAUUAUUGAUUUUUACGAAUAUGUUGUGACACUUACGAAAAACAACAUCCAUUGAAAACGAAUAACGUCCUCGAUGUCUAAAAAACGAAGCAUUAUGCUGUAACUUAUCAGACGGGACACACUACUUAAAGUAAACGAUUUAACUUGAACUUAUUACAUAUCUUGAUCUUAAUACUCCGAAUACUGCAUUUUGAACUGGAUCGAAUUAAUUUAUUAUAAAAUAUGGUGUUUUUACGCAAAUUAACUUUUGAUAUAAGCACUGGAAUGAUCCAUUGUGUUUUGAUUUAAAUAACGAAUAAGAAUGAAGCAUAAGUGAAUGAUGUGAUGAGCGAAAUGUGAUGAGUUCAGAAAAUGUGUUUUUGUUUUUUACUUUCAAAUCAGAAAAAAGGAUUUACUCUAAAUUUGCUUUUCCCAAUCUCGUUAUCUCCGAUGGGAGCUUGGGGAACUAUUGCAAAUAUACAUAUAUGUAUGAAGUGAGCGUUUUGAACUUCUAAUUUUAAUUAUCAAGUUUCUAAUUCAAAACAACACCUUUUUUGCAAGAACUCUGGUUGUAUACGGUAUUUAUGUGCGAGUGAAUUUCGGUAUUAUAAAAAAAUAUGAACAUGGUCAUAUAAAUCCAAAUAGAAUAACAAAAACAUGAUUUUUUCUUUUUUCUUGGGCUCCAAUUCCAAUUUUGGUCAGUACCACAUUAUUUAUCUGUCAAAAAUUUGACCCCAAGUAUCAAAAGUACUGAAUUCUAUCUCGCAGAACUUCUACGACGAAUAAAAACUGAAUAACAUUCGCAUAUGUUUUGUUUCAUACGAAAGAUCAUCAUUUUACUAAUAAUGUUAGUAUAACUUUACGUUUGCCGAUAGCGACAUUGAAAUUAAAUCACAAAUGUAUAAACAUUAAAUGCACACAUCACAUUUUCACUCAUGCUAGCGAGGUUAGUGACUGUAUGUGAAUGUUCGUUGACCACCACUGGUUCUCUCUACAAUAUAAUUUUAUUUUUCUAUAAAAACAUUCAUAUCCAAUAUUUUUUAUGUAGUAAAAAUAAGUAAAUUUUGUUAUAAUUUGAUUUGACUAGAAAUCGUCAAGUUUUGUAUGACCACCGUAAAAAGCAAGACAUAAAUAAAUCUCACUCAAAAUUGCAUUUAAAAAUGUUUCACACAAAGGAGAUAUUUUGUUUCAUCACAUUGUGAUUUUUUUAACCCGUGAUUGCAACAAAACAAAAAAAUCUGUAUUUCUUUUGCGUAGUAAAUUUUUGAAUUAACAGUCAUACAACGAUCAGGUGUUACUCUGAGCAAAUCACUCAGUGUUGCCAAACGCUUCAAUGUUUGAAUUUAAGAAACUUGCCAAACAAAGCUCCUUUAGAAUGUGCAACAAAAGUGUAGACGAUAAUGCGUUUUUCUACAUGUGGCAAGAUAUAUGUUAUGAUUGUGUUGGAUGAUUUGUUACACAUAGAAUAUUGCAAUAUUGAAUCUCAGUAGUUCCCUUUUUUCAAGCACCCAUAUGGCCGUGCAAUUUACAACUGUAAAACUAUAGAUAGUGAAGAGAAAAAAAAAUAGCACAACUGGUGUCAUUUUUAUGGUGAAACUAUUUUUGAAUUUAUUAAAUUUGAAUUAAAUCCAUUGAAGACAACUUAUAUUUAAUGACAACAUUGAAUUUCAAUGAAAAAUUAUACACAAACAAACGAAUGCACUGAUUUUUCGUUUUCUUUUUUGGUUUUUGGAAGAGAACAAUUUGAAUUUGAUGCCACAAAUCAGUUUAUUUGAGAUUUUCCAAAAUUCUGUAUGCUGUAAAUUUAGAGGUUGUCUUUAUCGUUAGUAUUUCUUUUACGUAAAUAACUGAGAAAUACUUUGAAUAUUUUAGUCAUAGAAAUACGUCGACUAAAUUGUUAGUGUAUAUUAAUACAGUAAACUAUAACUUAAGUGGCACGUUGUGUUUAAAUUACUUAAUUGAACGUACGUACAAUGAGGACAUAGAAUUAGAACAAAGUGCUUCAAAAUGGUAUAGUUUAACAUAGUAAGAAAGAAUCGAAUUUGAAUAUGUUCCGUAUCUCGGUUUCGUUAUUCGUUGAUAAUCCAUUUUUUUAUGACUCUAGAAUAAUUUAAAGACAAUACACGUAUCUCUCACACACACACAUGCCAAUUGAAGUAAAUAAAUAUUAUAUCUAUGUAACUAACAACAGAGAAAAUUUGAAUGGGUCAGAAUAAAAAUCCGACAAAUACGCAGAGUUUAUAAAAGUGGAACACAGCGUUUUUUUUACAUAGAAUUGUUGUUGUAUUACAACAAAUAAACUAUGUAAAAAAAAACUCCAUGUUUCACUUUUAUAGACUCUGCGUACAAGUCUGAUUUUUAUUUUGACCCAUUCAUUUGUUAUUGUAUAUUUGAAUGGGUGGGAUGUGUUCAAAAAUCAUCCAGACUUUUUUCGACCCCCAAGCUCUACAUUGUAUUAAACCAUCGAAAAAUUCGGUAUUUUUAUUUGUUUCAGUUAGAGUAUGCCUCAUUUUCCUCCCAUCCAUUCGAAUAAUCUAUGAAUUAGGACAAAAAUUCCGAAAUCGGAUUUCAUACUCCCUUGGCUAUUAUGAAAUAUUGGCCACAGCAAAUGGGAGCCUAUGUAUUUUCUGCAUAAAAUUGUUUAAUAAUUAUUAGAAUAAUUAAUAAUAAAAAAAAGAAAUGUUGUAAUGUAGUACCCAAAAAAAAAAAAUGAAAAAAAACCAAAGUGAAUAUUUGAAAUUGGAAUUCGUUCAAUUUGUUGGACAUCUAUAGAAUUGAAUAUCACAUCAAAAGAUGUGCUUUCUGUGAUUUUCUGUGGACCAAAAUGUCGGUCAACACAUUUUAUUCAAUAUACAUUUAUAGCAACGAAAUAGUUUUUCGUUUUUCAAACAUAUUAUUUGCGAACACACAAAAAUCUCAGAUAUAAUUACCACCUCACAAACGAUUUCUUUAUUAUUUUUUUUCAAAUUUGUUUAGAAAUUUUGAUUUUAAAACUAUUGCAUAAGAUAUAUUUUCAUUGUAAAUCAUAGGAAAUGUUUUUUUUUUACUGCUCAUAGGAACCUUGUUUAGUGUUAUUUAAUAACUUUGAAAUUAUUCCGCGUAACUAUGAAGCAACAAGGCGCAUCAACCAGCCUACCUAAGCGAUACCAAUUCCCAUCUCUCUUUGUCCUUUUGAUAAUAUAUGUUUUUGUAGAAUUUAUUUGUUAGUAUAGAUUUGUUAGAGACAAAUGAUUUGGCGAGUUUUUUUUUGACAUUGGCUAAAGUGAAGAUCACUCUAGAUGGUUUCUACUACAUGGAUCAAUAAGUCUUUAGAAUCGGACACAAGUAAAUAUCCAUCUCAUUUUUAGAAAGAGCCAUCUUUUGGAAGUGCAUUGUUCCAAAUAUUGCUUUAUCAUCUUGAAUGGGACGAAGCAAUGCCAAAAGAAUAAUCCAUGUCAUUUUUGAACUUUUUGAAUCAAGAAAAUACUGUUUUUAUUGAGAAAAUAUACACUUCAGUAAUGUGACCAAAAAUCAUCUCGGGAAGCCAUACAAAUGAUGGCAAUAUUUCACGAAGUAGAAAACGUAUGAAUUUCAUAUUUCUGGUGUGGACUGGUGGGACCUUUAUCUAUCCUCUGGGUGCAGAAAUACUUUUAACAUUCAGUCCACUCCUUGAGAUAAAGAGAUGAAAUGGAGAAUUUGGACCCAUUUUGAGGCUAUGUUCGAUUAAGUGCUGUAAAUUCUUCGUCAGUGAACGGAUUUGGCUCAAAUUUCAUAUUUGGAGGUUUGAAGGAUGGCUCUUUCUAAAAAUGAGAUGGAUAUUUACUUGUGUCACCAUCUAGUGUCCGAUUCUAAAGACUUAUUGAUCCAGGUAGUAUUCUAGAAUCGGCAAAUAAUUUACUGUUUUGCUUAAAAAAUCAUUAAAUUUUGAAAACGGAAAAUAUAAACAUGUACUUCCACGCUCCAAAGAAGAUUGAUGAGUUCGAAAACCGAUGCAGAUCAAAGUCUACCGAUUUAUUACCAUAGGAAUGAAGAUAGGAAACGAUUUUUUAUUGAUUUACUAUUAUUCAAGGUUGAAAAAACAAAGGAUGAUAUGUUUUACAAAGCGAAACUGCUUAAAACUAAUUUAAGACAACACAAAAGUAUAUUUCAUUUUUACAUUGAUGUUAACAACCGCUUUUAUUUUAUGCAUCGAAAAAUCGAACUUGAAAAUAGUUUUAAAAUAAUCUUAAUUUUCUACGUUUGUGAAUAAAAACUUUUCUGCUUUCUGAGCCUUCAUUUAUUUAUACAAUGACUACGUGGUCCAAUCAUGAUUUUGAACUUAUAUAACACAAUAAUAUCGUAACUAUCUGAUACAAAUUUAUCACCUUUUCUAUGAAAUGGAAAAAAAAAUCUAUGAAUUAUUAAUUAAAAUGCGGGAAAAAAAAUUAUUACACGAAAAAUUUAAUGUUUAUAGUCCCAGAAUUAUGAUCUGUAGGCUGGCCUAUGUUGAAAAAUCCCAACUUCCAUCAUUUUGGUAAAAAAUCUCGAUGUAAUGAUUUAUUAGUAUAUAGUUUUGUUAUCCCAAACUAAAAAUAAAUAACAUCUAAAAGUGUCAA